AUAUGCAGAAAAUAAGCAAUAACAAGAAGCUCCAAAAACAUUAAAGAAAAUUUAAAAUAAAAUCUAAAAUCAUAUAUAAGUUUUAAAUUUUCAAAAAAAGUUUUCUAAGUUAAUUAGUUAAUAAGGGUUUCUUACGCGCCGUUAGCCAAGUGUGACGAUUAAACGACCGCCAUCUCUCACAGGAAUAUAAAUGGAUACAUAAACCGCAAUGGUGAAUUAUAGGCAACCUUUUCUCACUCUGUUUUUUAUUAUUCUUCCAGCAUCAUUUGUUAGUUGUUUUGAUAAAAUAAACGAGGAAAGAAGUCAAGAAGCAAUUGCCGCCCUUGUUAAAUUUACAGAAAUACUUAGCGAAUCCGAAGAUCAAUCAUCAGGUUCCGGAGAUCGUAUAAAUGAUGGUUUAUUUCACAACUUUAAUGCCACGUUUGUAGUUUUACCCAAACAAAAUACUCAUAUAAAAAACAAUGAAAACAGCAACAAAACAUUAAGUAUCAGACGCUUAUCUAAUUCAAAAGUAGAUUCUAAAGAAAAUAAGUCAGAAGAUAGUGAGUCUAAAGAAUCCAGUGAGUUUAAAAAUAACACCCUGAAUACUUUAAUAGAAGCAUUUAAUACUGGACUGCAUAAAGAGCAGAGUAAUCACUCUAUAGAUGAAGUUUUUCAUAGCGUUAACCACUCUUCAAGAGAACAUUUAGGGGAAAGCAAAUUAAAAUUGCACAGAAAUUCAUUAGAAGUAACAAAAUUGAUCUACCAACCAACACACAGUAACCAUGAUAAUAAUAAAAAUAAAGAUAUUAGAGUAGGUUUUGUUAAAUAUAACCACAAAAAAAGAAAUAAACCAGUAAAAAAAAGUCAUAAGGGAGUUUUAAAUAAUUUGCAUAAAUCAUUUGUAAGCUACUAUAAAAUAUUAACUCCUUUGUCUCAAACUCGUAUUGAAAACGCUAAAAUAAGAGAUUUAAACCAUUUGUUAGAAAAGACACACAACCAAACAGAAAAGGACUCUAAUAGUACCGUAAAGAACACCAACAAAAACACUAGCAAUGAUUUAUUUAAAGAGCAUGAUGUAAAAACUCAGUUAAGAAAUCAGCAAGAUAAUUAUGCUAAAAGUUUGCAAAAAUCUUUGGAAGAUAUUCGUUUUAAAAAUGGUGCUACUGGAAAAGUAAAAGCAGGUCAAGAAUUUGCUUAUAUAUCUCAGUGUGGUUUGUACACAGAGCCACAAAAUAUUUCAACUGUGCAACAUUCAUGGGUUACAAAGACAUAUUCACCUUAUUUUUAUUUGUAUGAAAAACCUAAAAAAUAUGAAAAAUGUAAACCUUCACCAUGGUUAAAUGGCACAGAUUUGAGAGGAAGUGUUUUUCUUAGUUUUGAAGUCAAGUCAUUGCAUGGAAGUACUAUGGAAAACAAUGCAAAAAUAUGUGAGAAAUAUUGUUGUAAAGAACCUCGUUGUGCAGCAUGGGUAUUGCGAAUACAGAACGUUGCAACAUCGAACUGUCCUGCGAACAGUUAUUGUUGUUGGUUGAAGACUGAUGUUCCUCAUCCAGAGCCACGAGAGGAUUGUGUCUCUGGUAAAGUCCAUCGGGAUCACUACAGACAUCCGCCUGUAGGAAUGCGAUCAUCUAUUCCAUUAGGUGGCCUAGGAAGUGGUUCAUUUGAAAUGCGCACUGAUGGUACAUUUCAUGAAUGGACUAUUGAAAAUCAGUCUCCUGGAGGAGCAGCUAAACUCAGUAAGUCUUCACUUGAAAUGUUACUACUUGGUGUGCGUGUUCAAAAAGGCAAACUUCCCCCAACUGCUUCUGUACUCCGCACUCAUGCCCCGCAUGGAUUUGAUGGAGUAUACAGUCAGACAUAUUCUGGCUCAUAUCCUGUUUCCAAACUUGAAAUAGAGCUCAAUAAAGCAUCAAAGGAUGAUGUCAAACUAAAUUUAUAUGCAUUUUCUACUUUCCAUCCUCGAAAUCCUAAAAAAGCAGCAACUCCUUCUGUGGCUUUUGUUUUGCAUAUUACUAAUCCCCAUUCGGAAGAGGUUGACAUAUCUUUCAUGAUAAAUUUACCAUUUGGUUAUCAUGAAGAUACCAUACGGCGUGGGAAUAACUUUGCUGAGGUUGCAUUUACUAGACUUGUAACAGCAGCAGACUGCCAAAAUGCAUGUGCUAAAAAAGAAAAGUGUAUGGCAUGGACAACAAAUGGUCCAUUUUCAUGCAUGUUAAAAGAUAAUAUGCCUUUGCAUUCAUAUGAAUAUGGAAUAAUAUCAGGUUUAAAAGGUGAAUGGUCUACCAAUGAAAAAAUGUUACGAUGCAAAAGACCAGGUACCUCACCUCAAAGUGGUGAUAUAUCCUUAUAUCCUUUAAAUCAUGGCUCAGAAAUUAAUUCAUUUGCUGUUGCAGAUGAUCCAGAAGUUGUAUGGAAUAAUUUCAAACAGACAGGUGCUGUUGCUAAUGAGUCAAAUGUGAAUGUGACUGGCUUAAAUGGUGCAGUGUCUACACGAACCAUAUUAAAACCCAAUGAAACUAAACUUUUAACCAUUGUGUUUGCUUGGCAUUUUCCUAAUCGAGAUAUUGCAGAUGAGCGUGUGGGGAAUUUCUACAACAAUUUAUUUAAAUCAAGUGAAGAAGUUGCCAAGGCAACUGAGAAAGAUUUAAAAGAAACCAUAGAAAAUGUUAUUAAGUGGCAGGCAGCUAUAAUGCCUCCAGACUCACUACGCGCAAAACAAGAGGAACAUAAAAUAAGAAAGAAAAUAAAAGCUAAACCUACUUUGUGCAAUGGUACAAUGAAUGGAGUUAAUGUGUUUCCUGAAUGUUUGCAAGAUAUUCUUAUUAACAGCUUGAGCACUUUAAGAUCAGGAAUGUGGAUGGAAAAUGGAAGGUGGCGACAAUGGGAAGCUUAUGAUUGUGCAAAUAUGGAUCCUGUUCAUGUAGAUUUUCAUCGCAUAUUACCUUAUCUUAUUUUCUAUCCAGCUCUUGCAAAAGAAGUUAUGUUGGCAUGGGCCGACCACCAGUUGUCCAAUGGAAUGAUUCAAGAGUCUUUAUCAAUGGGAUGUUUAGAGGAAACAUCUAAAGAAGGAGUGGCUGGUGGUCGAAUGAUGUCUGAUGUAAAUGUUGGCUUUAUUGUGCAAGCACUCUUAAUGUACAAGUGGUCAAAUGAUACAGUUUUUUUUGAUGAGAUAUAUCCAUUUACAGUUCGAGCAAUGAACUGGUUGAUGCAAGAUGCUACAAAAGGAACUGGUUUACCAUAUCGAAAACCUGAUACUUAUGAUUUAUUUGACUUAGAAAAGUAUGACCAUUGUGCUUAUAAUAGUAUUUCUUAUUUAUUGGCAUUACAUGCAAUGAAAUCAAUGGCAAGUAUGCAAAAAGACAAUAAUACCAUUAAAAAUGUAAAUGCAGCUUUAGCCAGAGCAACAAAACAAUUAGAGGUGGAAAUGUGGAAUGAAAAGAAAGGAUUUUAUCAUGCAUGGUUUGACGAUGAAUGGGGAUCACCAACAUGGUUGAUGAGUGAUGUGUUAUAUGGGCAGGUUUGGGCAUAUACUUUGGGUUUAGGUGAUCUAUUAGAUAAAGACAAAAUGAAAAAACAUUUAAAAACUGAAGAAGAAAGAAAUGAUACACCUUUCGGACUAAAGGUUCUUUCGAAAUCUGAAUCUUCCGUACCAACAGAAGAUACGUCUGUAAUAUUAGGUGACGAAUUAAAUAGCUGUAAGUCGCUAGAAAAUAUUACAAAAACCGAAUCUGUUUGGAUGUCGUCAAGUUCUGAUUGGACAGUACUUCAACUUUAUCUAGGAAUGGAGCCACAUUUAGCAUUAGAACAAGUUAUCAAAUCAUUAGAUAACUAUCGAACCACACUUCGUGACCAAUGGAAUUUUCAUGGUUUAACUUCAUCUCAGCAUUAUGGUCUCGAUGGUCUUCCAUGGGCUACUAGUCAUUAUACUUUUCAUUUAGUUUUGUGGCAUCUUCCGUUGGCUUUAUCUGGGCAGCAAUACAACGCUAUUUCUGGCUCUCUGACAUUCGAACCAAAAUACGAUCCUCCAUACUGGUUACCUUUUUAUACCCCUCUUUGCAUGGGAAAUAUUGAAGCCAAAGAACAAGACUCUUUGGGAAGCAAUGAGAUUCUUUAUCGUUUUACAGUUACUUCCGGUCAAUGCAACUUAAACGAACUGUCAAUAUCUAAUUCUAAGUACAGCAAAAAUACUUUAUCAAUCCACGAAGGAGAAAGUGUGGAGUGGUCUGCACCUAAAAAAUCCAAAAAAGAAAUUGUUUCUGAUAUUCUCGCACAACUAAAGCAUUAGUAUGUGUUAUUAAAUGUAUGUGUACAUUCAACAACAUGCAUGCUAAUAUGCCAGUCAACUAUGAAAAUUGUGCUCUGCAAUAUUGUUAAUGUUUCCAAGAUAUUUUAAAUUCCCUUAUAAUAUUAGAUAUAUUUUUGUAUUUGAACUUUUUCUAAAUUGAAAUUUAUACUAAUGGAAGUAAA